AUGCGCGAAUACGACAGAACGGCUAUCGUAUAUCCUUUGCGACGUUGUACCCCUGUUCUCAAGCGAGGUCCUUGCUUACCCCUCUCUCCUUGCUUACCUCACAUACACGACGUCUAUCUUGUACUGAUUCUCGUUCUUCCUGGGGAACGGAUGUUUCUCUGA